GUCCACUUAAAAUAAUCAAACCAGAGACUCAAAAUACGAGGCCGAAGAUCACCUGCAUCCACCUCUUCACGAGCUGGCAUGAAUCGUAGGGAUACCAGGGGGUUCACUGGAUUACCGUAUCAAUGCCCUCCAUCACCGCCAUCAUCGAAAAGGGCAACCCUCCUUCAAAACCACCUGAGUCCAAUCAUCGACCCUUCCAGACUUCUGCGUCUUCUCCCGGCGCUUACAUGCACAACUGAAGCUUGUCGUUUGUUCCGGCUCUGAGUCGCUCCAGGCAAUUCCAGGAGCGUCAGCGGACGAACCUCUUACACUUGUCGUUAGACCGUCCGCGCGAUCCUACACCUUCUUCACCCUCAUUCCCACGCCGCCGUCUGCAGCUGGCCUGUCAGCGGUCUCCAAGUGUUCUCCCCUGAUCCCGAUGGCCUGAGGCCAGAAUUUUGGGUUCCUCAUGUGGCCAAACAAUUGUUUCCCGAUAUGUCAGCGGUCAGCGACACAACCUCCCGCUCUCCCCAGACCCGUUUGAACCCAACAGCCGCCAACGUUUCGUCUCCUUCGCUGGCUGACCCUCACACAUACAUCUCGGCCACACGCAGACCUGCUCAAAAUGUGCUGGGCAACAAUCUGAUUCCCCGAGAUUACUUGAGCUCUUUGUCCAGCUCGAGGCCUGGUCCUGGUCAAUCAAUAAAGGCGGAGGAGACUUACAAUUCGGAACAGUCGAGCACGGAGUCUGAUGCCCUUCCCAGCAGCUCUCCCGUAAACAUACCGCAGGGCAAGUCUGCCUUGGCCGGAGGAGGACACAGCACAAGCGGCUGGGGCCCGACGCCAGAUAUCACAUUUACGUUCGAAGAAUCGAAAGACGACUCUCCAAACCCUCUCUCCGAGUCUCCUAAAACCUAUGCACCGAUUUCAACGAGCGCACCGCCACUGACAGACAUGCCACGGACUUCCUCAAUAGACUCCGCCAUCUCGAGUAUUUCCAUCACUUCGAACGUUCAAAAGCAGCCGGGCGAGGCAAAGGAACUGUCCCGGGAAGAAGUCUUGAAUCUUAUAGCGACUGCGGGCUCGGCAGAGAACCUUGUGCUGCAUCUUCUGAGGGACAAGAAUCACGCCGCAGCUCAGAAUGCGCAGCUAUGGAAACUAGUGGACAAACAACGAACUCUGUUGCUAGGCUUGAACAAAGACCUGGAGCGGGUGUCAAAAGAGAGGGACCGCUACAGGAAGAAGGCCAAAGAUUUACAAUCACAAACUUCAGCUGUCCCGGCCGAUAUUCGCUUCGAUGAUGGCGACUCGCCUCGAUCUGAUGGGGAUGUUUCGGCCACAUCGAGAGAGGCCAAUGUUCUGCCCGGACCUGAUUCGAAAUCGAGAGCUGAGGAGCAGACACCCAGCAAGAACCCCAAUGCACAAACACAGAGCUCGCCUAUAGAUCCUGCCAUGAUGCCCUCUCCUCUUCACCUGCAGCAGGCACCCAAGAUGCAAAGCUUAGCCACAAAUUUGGCACAGCCUAUGUUCGCAGUGACCGAAGCAACGCCACUCUCAGAUAAGCCUCCAAAGUCUUUCCAGGCUUCCAGAAAAGCUGCUCCACGACCUCUUGAUCUGCGUCCAGCAAAGGAGGACAUACCCAUUGCUGAAGUCGUCAUCAGUGAUGGAGAUGACGAUGAAGACAGGAGCCUUCUAGAACGUGGCAGACGAAAAACGCGCGAGGAAGAUGAUCGCGAACGUGAGCUACUAGUCAUCAAAGAACAAGAAGCGCGGAGCCGUUCCAAAAAGGAGAAGAAGGCAAAGGGGGAGACAGCAGACGUUCUCGAAGACAUGCCUCUUCCGCCAUCCAACUUACCUACGACAGAGCCCUUGACCCAGCCGCAGCCGAAACCACAAGAUCAUCUCUCCCCCACGUCGACACUGUCGGUGGGAUCAUCAACCCAGCUAUCGGUGCCCUUGCGAAGCCCUGGUCUCCCCAUGAGUCCUCGUCCGUUUGCUAAUAUGGGAGCUGCACUUCCUAUGUCGCCCCGGGCUCCAAAAGGCAAUUUUCCCUUGUCGCCGCGAGCACCUAAACAAGCCCUCCCUAUGCCAACUACACCCGGUCAAGAGGCGCCUGCUCCGCAGAGUCAGAAAAAGGUCGGACCAUCACCUCUGGCGAAGAUGGACACCAAAAACGUCAAAGACGCUUCUGGUCCAACUCAGACUCAUGAGUCGCCUUUGAGUCCGAACGAGACACCACCAGUCAAUCGUUCACUAGUCAGUCCCACCUGGCCUGACUUUUUGCUGCCUCCAAACGCCCUCCCUUCUAUUCAGAUCAAGGUCGCUUCCUCACGAUUGCGCCCCUCAAGAAAUAGCGUACUUGGGAUCAAGGCACCUGAGGAAGCUUCGGUGUUCAGCUUGUCCAUCUUUGAGCGAGCAACUGCAUCCGAACUCUGGCGUAUCGAGAAAGUACCAUAUUCUCUCCCAAGUCUCGAGCAACAUCUUCGAACUCGAUGUUCAGAUCUGCCGAAACUUCCAGAUCGGAAACUAUUCUCCGGUCACUCUCCAGUUGUGAUUGAUGCACGGAGGGCUGCUGUAGAGGCAUAUUUUGAAGAGCUCCUCGAUACCCCAAUGGAUGAGCAAGCAGCUGCAGUCAUAUGUAGAUUCUUAUCUACGGACGUAGUGGACCCUCAACUCAGUCUUCCUGUUCAGAAAGGUGAAGAUUCGCAGAGCAAACCAGCACCGCCAACCAGUGCUGGCAUUCCAACAAAAUCUGGCUAUCUAACAAAGAAAGGCAAGAACUUCGGGGGAUGGAAAUCACGAUACUUCGUUCUGGACAGUCCUGAGUUGAGGUACUUCGAAGCACCAGGUGGAGCUCACUUGGGGACCAUCAAAUUGCUCAAUGCACGGAUUGGCCGACAAACUCAGACAGAACCUGGCUCAAAUGCAGAGGUCGACACGGAGAAUCAAUAUCGGCACGCAUUCCUCAUCCUAGAACCUAAACGCAAGGACAUGAGCAGCUAUGUUCGUCAUGUACUCUGUGCAGAAAGUGACUUUGAACGAGAUGAGUGGGUGGAGACUCUGCUUCACUACAUUGACGAAAGGCCUCCGGAGCCCAAGUCACAGUACGGUGCGGGUGUGCAAUCGUCACACACCAAGGACGUCAAACCUGGUUCAAAGGCUGCCGUUGAGGACGGCGGCUCGAAUCCCUCUGCCAGCCCACAACUCCACCAGUUCCAAGGCGACACGCCUUCGCCGUCGAAUGCAUCGAGUCAUACUUCCGACUUUGCACAAGAUCCACCACCCAAGCCUGUUAACAUUUCAGGCCCGAUGAAUGGGGCGGUCAUUUCAGAUGCUGGGCUCUGGGGCAACAAGUCUGUUGGGCACGGUGGUAGCAAGGAACGAGAGCAGAAGAAGCGGAAUCUAUUCAAUCACUUCCGGAAAUCGUCCUAUGAGCACUUAGCAUCAGCACCUCAAGCGGCGCAGCCCAAGCGGUCGGACCUGAAUACUCACCGAGGCGGGCAUGUGAGACCUGUGUUUGGCAUGCAGCUUCAGGAAGCGGUCGAGUAUUAUUGCCCCCCCGACGUGGAUGUAUAUCUUCCUGCAGUGGUGUACCGAUGCAUUGAAUACCUUCGAGCUAAGAAUGCCGCCAACGAAGAAGGAUUAUUCCGUCUCAGCGGUUCCAAUAUCGUGAUUCGACUCCUCAAGGACAGGUUCAACACCGAGGGCGACGUUGACUUGCUGGCAGAUGAGGAAGACUACGAUGUGCAUGCAGUCGCCUCUCUUUUCAAGACCUAUCUCCGUGAAUUGCCGUCCACAAUAUUGACCCGAGAGCUCCACCUGGAAUUCAUCAAGGUCCUCGAGCUGCAUGAGAAGGGUCAGAAGAUUGCGGCAUACAAUGGCUUGGUACAUCAACUGCCAGCCGCCAACUUCUCCUUGUUGCGGACACUUUCUCACUACUUGCUCGAGGUAGUACAGAACUCGGAUCGUAACAAGAUGAGCGUCAAGAACGUGGGGAUUGUGUUCUCGCCUACUCUCAAUAUCCCAGCACCCGUAUUUGCGAUGUUCUUGACGGAAUUUGAUGCUAUCUUCGAGAAACCGAGCGACCAGGGGUCUAUUCAAUCGGCCGAGAUUGAUCGUGAUGGUGCUCUGACCCCUGAGGACAUCAGAUCACCACGGCGGAUGAUGUUUACUGAUCUGCCAACUCCAGCAUACAACCAAAGCACUUUCUCCCAGAACGCGGCAAUGACGGCAGCGUUUCAUGGCCACUCUGAGCAGCAUCUCGACACGACAAGCGAUGUUGGCUUCUCUCCUAUCCACCCUUCUUACGAGACUCGAAGCUAUGUUUCUGUACCACACAACAUGCCCAUGCAACCACGUUAUCCGCCACCACAACCACCACAAGGCAGUAAUAGAUACGGAGGUGCGAACAACAUGCUCGUCCCUGAGAAUGCGGCCAGUGUCAAGGCCAAGCGGCGGGAAAGUGCCAUGUUAUUCAUGUGAAUCUGUUGACGAAAUUUUCCAACGCGACUGACUAGAAUACUGUCUGUCUUGCAUCUUUGAUUGUUUUUGUUCAUUUCCAAAUACCCCAUCUCAGCAGGUCGGUCGAGUUAUUGUUACUCACAUUCGGGAACGGGAGCCGGCAUCUGAGCGCUUCAGCUUGUUGUACUUUUCUGUUCGACCAUUGAAAGGGCGGGAUACCUUUUGCGCCAAUCAUUAAUGAAGAGCUCGUUUCAUUAGGAUUGGAAAAAUGUUUAUCAAAAUGAUGCGAUGACAUUAUUGAAGAAUCUCAGGGAGGGGAGUGAUGACUGUUGCCAUGAUACGGUACCAGGUGGUAGAUAUUUAUCUGGGCCUUCACACCUCAGCGAUAGAAGAGCAAGAGAUUGAAUCGAAUUUUGUUACCAAACGAUA